GUGGCUGAUGCUGAGUCUGUCCCUAGCAGACCCAGCUGGAUUUGCAACGUUCCGAGGCAAAGAAACGAAAAACGUCGUGAGGAUCACCGAUGACUGCAGUAGCUUCAUUCACAUCCCCGACGUUGGCACUUGGAAGCUUGAGAUCUUUUUGCCAUCCAGAUCUCCCACCAAGAAGGAUUCUAAGACCCGGGAUCUGUGGGGAACCGGGGCUUAGAUAAAUCGUACUGCUUGCCAUUCAUAUGGGGAUUUCUUAAUCUGUUUUGUUAAGAGCUUCCAGAACAAGUUCGAUAUCGAUUCAACUACAGGGCUUCAGGGCUAAGCCGAAAGUGCGUCUCUUGAGGACCCUUGAUUCACUGCAAUUGGUUGCAUCUCUGAUUACUCCCAUACUGUU